UAGUGAACAUCUAUGUCAUAGAUUUUCAACAUGGCGGAAGCGAGUGGCGGGGAAAACACUUCUUCGCCUUCUGCAACAACAUCUACCGAUAGCAGCGAUCAAGCUGCAAGUGGAGACUCACUGAAAGAAAAGCCCACUUGCAUAUUAUGUCUUGGUAUGGCUGGAUCUGGAAAGACAACUUUUGUGCAGAGACUAACAGCACACUUGUAUGCCAAAAAGGAGACUCCUUACGUUGUCAACCUUGACCCAGCUGUGAAAGAAGUACCAUAUCCAGCAAACAUUGACAUCAGAGACUCAGUGAACUAUAAAGAAGUCAUGAAACAGUACAAGUUAGGACCAAAUGGGGGAAUUGUUACAUCACUGAACCUGUUUGCAACAAGAUUUGAUCAGGUUAUGAGCUUUCUGGACAAGAAACAGUCAAAUGAGUUCAAGUUUGCCAUCUUUGACACGCCAGGCCAGAUAGAAGUAUUCACUUGGUCAGCAUCAGGGGCCAUCAUAACUGAGGCACUCGCAUCUUCCUUUGCCACGGUUGUUGUGUACAUAAUAGAUACAGCAAGAAGCACAAAUCCUGUCACUUUCAUGUCCAAUAUGCUGUAUGCCUGCAGUAUCUUGUACAAGACCAAAUUACCAUUUGUAGUUGUUCUAAAUAAGACAGAUAUUGUUGAUCAUAACUUUGCUGUUGAAUGGAUGCAAGAUUUUGAAGUGUUUGAAGAGGCUUUGUCUCAAGAUACAACUUACAUGUCAAGUUUGACGAGGUCAAUGAGUUUGGUCCUUGAUGAGUUCUAUCAGAAUCUUCGGACUGUAGGUGUAUCAUCAAUGACUGGGGCUGGUUUUGAGGAGUUCUUAAAGGCAGUAGACAAUGCUGUUGUGGAGUUUGAGACUCAGUACAAACCAGAAUAUGAAAGGCUGAAAAAGGAAAAAGAAGAGAAGGCAAAAAAAGAUAGAGAAGACCAACUAAAAAAGGUGCAGCAAGACUUGGGCAAAGGAGAGGCUGUUGCUAUGGAAACAAUCAAAACUGGUGCCCAGGCCAUUGAGUCUGCACAUGCAACUCCCUUCCAUAUCUCCCUUGGUGCUGAUUUGGAUAGUGAUGAUGAUGAUGAAAGAGGAGAUGAGGAGGAGUGGGAUGAGGAGGAAAUAAAGGAACAUGAAUCCUUCAAGAGAUUCUUAGAAAAGGAGAAACAAAAGGGGCAACACGCUAAAAAGGAAGAAAGUGGCUAACUGUUCAAGUCAAAUGUGUUGAAAAAAAAAACAGACCUUGAGACUAUAUUUAUCAGAAGAGCAAAAAAAUGUUGUUAUUUUAAGCACAAUUAUGUUAUACGCUAAAAUUAAUUAGUAGCCUGAUAGGAAAGGAAUUACUUCAGUCUGUAAAUCAGCCAAUAUACAUGUCAAUUGUGAAUGAUAGGUUUUUCAAACAUUUUAGCUCACACAGCUGCUUAAAAUGUGGCAACAGACAUCGAACUGUUUUCAACUUCUUAUUCCUCUUGGUUUCACUGCUCAAAGCUCCCACUAAACAGCUGGUCAUUCAGGCAGCAGGCAUUUUGGUCAGAGCCAGGGCAAACAUAUUAUCAAGUUUUGAUGCAAGGCAGGUUAUGCUGAACAAAUUUUUAUCUUAAUCACUUUGACAAAAUCGUUUCCUCGAUUUGAAAUGAUACAUAAAUCAAUCUCCCUUGGUAAGACUUGUGGCUCAUGUUAGCUCUAUACUUCCUGUAGAGUACAUGUCUUGAAAGGGAUGAGGUUAUGGUGGUGUCUGGAUGCAUAUGAAAGUAGUCCCGUUUAGACUAGGAGGUUUGAAGUCUAAGGAGUAUUGUAUUCGCGGAGUAAAAAGCCAAGAGAGGCUUGGGUCGGGUCGGGUCGGGUCGGGUACUCGGUUAAAGAACGCGACCAGACCCAAACUUCUCUCGUUUUGUCACUCCUCCGCCACUAUAUUGCUGUCUACUAUUGCGCUUUCAGUUACUAACUUAGCGCCUGGAAUAGGUUACCAAAGUAUUUUUGAAGAACAUCAUUUACUCCCCCUUGGCAUGAGCUUAGUAAAAGUGAUUGUCCUCGAAAAAGCCAUACGAGGUAGUCUGAAAUAAAUUUAUGCCUCCUGGCAAGGGGUAUUUAAUCUUUUUGGUUCUCAAGGACUGAAAAAUUACACACAACCGUUAGGGUUCUACAGGAGUACUUAAGAUCUGCGGCGAGGCCAAAUUUUUAAGCGAAACACCAACUUUAUUGUAGAAAGUCGAGAUAAAAAAAGAAACGCAUUUCAAGGCCAAACGUUUGAUAAAGGAAACAUCCAAGUAAAAAUAUUUUUAAAAUCAAGUACAGAGUAAAUACCAUUACCAGUGUCAGCUGGAUAUAAGGAUUACUAAUCAGAUCAAAGGAAACGAACCAUGAAAUUGCAUCUAAAUUCCUUGUCGUUUCUGCUCUCUUUGAUCCUAUGCAGUAAUUAACACAAUCAAAUUUAAUUAGAAUCAUCGUCCGUUUCCUGUAGUGAGGCAAUUAGUGAAGUAACCCUGGGCCCUAGUAACAAUACAGGCAUUGUUUACAUACCAUUGGAUUAACAAAACUAAACUGACAGCUGUAGACAUC